GCACAAGUAGUAUGAUCCACCAGCAAUUCAGCUGCGGCGUUGCAUCUUCUUCCUUCCUCCUUCAGGCUGUUGCGCCUCGUCUCCUGCUGUGGCCAUGUCGACGCCGGCCCCUGUUGCCGCUGCCGGCGACGAUAACGGGCUGACGCACAUCCGCCUGUACAUGCACGAGACCAUAGCCGGGCCGAAGCCCACGCUGGUGACGUCCGUGAAGUCCCCGCUGGGCGGCAACGCGACGUUCGGGUCCGUGGGCGUCCUGGACAACGAGCUGCGUGACGGGCCGGACCCCAAGAGCUCCACGCUUGUGGGCCGGUUCCAGGGCUUCUUUGCCGAGGCCGGGCUGGUGAGCCCGCCGGGCCUGCUGUCCGCGAUGAACAUCGUGUUCACGGCCGGUGAGAGGAGCGGAAGCAGCCUGGCCUUGCUGGGCUCCGUGCCGAGCUUCGGGGCCCCGGUCGAGCGCGCCUUGGUUGGCGGCACCGGGGACUUCAGGAUGGCGCGUGGCUACUCUGUUAUGGUAGAUAUGGGAAACCCCACGCCGGAGACCGCACUCUUUCAGCUUGAUCUGUUUGUGCAAAUGCAUCAUGUAGCUUGAUCAUUUCUCCGUUAUAUAUAUCAUAUAUUAUGUAGCAUGUCUUCGCUGUAUAAGGCAUGUUCAUCCUGUGAAGCUCUCAAAAUGUUGUUGAACAAUAAUUUAUAACAGGAGGAUUGAUGGGAAAUGUCAAGAAAAUUAGUUUUAUAUUGA